AUGUCAAACGUCCGCAUUUCUAAUGGGAGCCCUACCCUGGAGCGCAUGGAAGCCAGGCAGUCGGAGUACCCGAAGCCGUCAGCUUGCAGGAACCUCUUCGGGCCGGUGAAUCACGAAGAGUUAAACAGGGACUUGAAGAAGCACCGCCGGGAGAUGGAGGAGGCAUGCCAGAGGAAGUGGAAUUUCGAUUUCCAGAAUCACAAGCCGCUGGAAGAUUCCUCUCCUCAAAAUAAAAGAGCCAACACAACAGAAGAAGAGGUGUCAGACGACUCCCCCAGUGCCAGUUCAGUGGAGCAAACACCCAAGAAAUCGAGCCCGAGAAGACUUCAGACGUAA